CUCGGCACGAAGGUCCAAGCGAAGGUCCAAGCGAAGAUCAUCAUGUCACCGCUGGCGGCUUCAGUCUUCUUGUUCCUGCUGGGCCUUCAACUUCAAGUUGGCGCAUUCAAGCAGCAUGGUAUUAGUUGGUCAAGCACCCCCCUCACAUCCCCUCACUAGUAUAUGCAUGCAUCCCACUGAUCCUGCAUACGUGUGCACUCUCGUUCUCGCAUGCAGGCCAGGCCCCUCCUGAUGUCUCCCUGGCGCCCACUCAAGCGACGGCCUACCUCUGCUCGUACAAGGCGUUCGAUAAGUUGCCGUCGAAGUCAGAGGAACGAUACAAGAGGCACUCGUCGAGCCUCGGCAAAGGUAGUGGUCUUGUUUGUCCGUGGUGCUUUCAGAGAAAUCAUUGCUCAUCCUGAUACUUGCCUGUUCAUUGCAGAGUGUUCGCCCGCCAGUCCACUGAAGCGUGCUGCAGCGGGAGUUGGCGCCGGUUUGGUCGCCCCAUUCAGCGGCCUCAAGAGGGUCGGAGAGCACGCCGACUAUGCCUUCGGCUUCGGAAUACCCCUCUACACUCGCACCAGGUUCGACAAGCUCAUGACGACAGCCCGCUCGGGGGACUCCGCCUGCACGGGGUUUGGCUUUCACUGCCGGAGCAAGGAGGAUCCUGACAGCACCCCCUGUGCUGUCGGGCAAGACAAGACGGAGUGCUCCUGCUGCUACGAGUAUGAGGCACCCAGUCCUGCUUAAAGGCUGAAAUGCACUCAGAGCCCUGCAUGCGACUGUUCGUCUCUGUUCACACAAACACACACACACACACACACAGAGAGAGAGAGAGAGAGAGACAAGAUGCCUUUUUCUUUUAUGGCCGGGAGACACGAUGAAUGCAAUCACGCUCUGACUUGGAACACACAGGGCCUUCACGAUGGAUGGCGCACUGACUAACACUAACGAAGGGCGACGAGUGAGUGUCUUGAGUGUCAAGCAGUGACAGGAGCAUUCGAAAAUG